AAGUUUGGUGUACUCAACUGUUGCACCGCUCGCAGUUAGGGUUACUUUUAUGCCAAGAAAAAGUUUAUUAUUUCUUAGGAAAUGGUGUUAUUUAUGUCUGCAAAAAAAUAUUUACCAUAUUAAGAGUUUUCUUGGAUUAAUAAUUUCUUGAAAAAUCUAUUUCUUUUUUCAAAAACAAAAACUUUAAUCGUAAAAUAUGCAAUUGAUAAACCUCUUUUUUUUUUCAAUUUUGACAGUUCAUCGCAACGUCACCCUUCGCGUGUUAUUCGGCUCCACAACCAGCAGCAAGACAUCAAUCUCGCAUCGCGCAUUUCUCUCGAAACUCGCUUAUCUCGCAGUUGAAAAAUGUGCAAUAAGACGGUGUAAUCAGUGAUUGUUGACAUCUGCACGUAUUUGCAGAAGAAGUGUGAGAUCUAUUGUGUUUGAUAUCGCGCAACCAGUGUGCAAAUAAUGCGGAAAUUUCGCCUCAAACUUCCGUCGGACUAGCCCCAUUUUCUUCUUCUUCGCCACCAACAAAAAAAAACCCAUCCAAAAUCUUUUCCAAGGUUUUGGGUUUCUAGGUCGAAUUUUUUUUCCUUCACUAAUUCUAAGUUUAACGUAUAAAAUAAAAUUUAGUGAAUUAAACAAUGACGUGGAGGAGGAUAGUGCCGAGGUGGCACUUAAAUGUGAAUUUCGUGAUUAUCACAGCAACGCUGAGUAUCGCGACAAAACUCGCGCUUGCCGACAUUGAGCCAAGAGAGUUUGCCGAUGUUACUGACUCAGCAAAUGCGAACUUCCCAAGUCCGGAUGGCACAGCUCCGGAAGGUGGGGCCAGUAGCUCAACAAUCCCAGCGGAUUUGGGCUUCUGGCAUGGCUUCCUGGCCUCAAUAUCUGUGAUACUUGUGUCAGAGCUCGGUGAUAAGACCUUCUUCAUUGCUGCUAUCAUGGCAAUGAGACACCCCCGCCUCACAGUAUUCGUGGGCGCAAUCUCAGCGCUCGCCCUGAUGACCGUCUUAUCAGCGGUAUUCGGCAUGGCUGCCACAAUCAUCCCCCGUGUCUACACCUACUACAUCUCAACGGCACUCUUUGCCAUCUUCGGCCUCAAGAUGCUCAAAGAUGGGUACUACAUGUCCGCCUCGGAUGCUCAGGAGGAGCUCGAGGAGGUACAGUCGGACCUAAGGAAGCGUGAAGAUGAGCUCAUUCGCUCCAUGAAUACGGAGCAGAGGCAAUCGCCGACUGUGUCACUCCGUUCUAUUCACGAUGUGCCAGAUGGUAUUGAAUUGCACCCCAUGGAAAACCAUCAGACAUCCCUCACGGGGUCCCGGCAGUCCAUUGCGACGCACACCAGCAAUGGUGGCCCCACAAUUCUCAGCCAGGAAAAUGGCGUGGAAUUGCGCCAAUUGAACAAUCACUCAGCCUCAGAGCACAACUCAAUCUCCUCCACUGGAGCCAUGCCCAAGAGUACAGCCACAAGCCCACGGUUUGAUAAGGAGACAAGCAGUAUGCUGAUAUCGCAGGAUCCGGAAUCAGGUGCUGUGAGGAAGACAAAAGCACGCAGCAUAGCCUACGUGGUGUCUAGGAUCUUCAUGCAAGCCUUCACAAUGACCUUCCUCGCUGAAUGGGGAGACAGAUCUCAGCUCACUACGAUUAUUUUGGGUGCAAGAGAGGACGUCUACGGCGUUGUGGUUGGCGGUAUCUUGGGUCAUUGCAUCUGCACGGGUCUGGCCGUGAUUGGGGGCCGCAUGAUUGCCCAGAGAAUAUCCGUGAGGACUGUUACGUUGAUUGGUGGCGUGGUGUUCCUCCUGUUUGCCUUUAGUGCUCUAUUUUUCAAUCCCAACUCAGAGGAAAAUUGAGCAUCCACCCCCCAAGCCCACUGAAAAGCUCUGAAAGUGCUGUCAGACUGUAAAUUAAUAUGAAAAAUAUCAUAGGAUGAAUAUAUUUUAAAGAAAACAGGAAUUUAAUUUAGUAAAAA